CUUUCACACGCUAAUCCAUUUUUUUAUCUUUUUCUUUUCUUUUUCUUUUUCUUUUCUUUUUCUUAAAAUAUUGAUAUUAUAUGAUGACUGGACAAUCUCUUGCUGCUGGCAUUUAUGUACCUAUUCCCAACUUUUUCCUCGACAAUGAAGAUGUGGAUUAUGCAACUUUGGAAAAACACAUUGCUUAUCUAGCGAACACGGGCAUCUCAGGGAUUAUCUUUCAAGGGUCGACUGGUGAAGCGGUGCAUUUGACAGAAGAUGAACGAGUGGCUAUUAUCAAGAAGGGCAAGGAAUUGAUUAUGAAAUACGAUCCUUCCAUUCAAGUGUUGGCCGGUACAGGGGCAGGAUCGGCUCGUCUUACUGUGAAACUGACACGGGAUGCAGCGGAUGCUGGUGCUGCUUAUGCUUUGGUCUUACCUCCUUCCUAUUACAAGGGCAAUAUGGAUAAUCAAGCGUUUUAUGAAUUUUAUACUCAAGUGGCUGAUCAAUCCCCUAUCCCUAUCAUCAUUUAUAAUUAUCCUGGUGUCACUCAAGGUCUCGAUAUUGAUGCUCCUACUUUGGCUCGUUUGGCAAAACAUGAUAAUAUUGUUGGGAUCAAAGGAACUGAUGGUAAUAUUGGCAAGGUUGGAUAUUUAACGGAACAUACCCGUGAACAAAAUUUCACAUUGUUGGCAGGAUCUGCUGAUUUCUUCUUACCUGCCUUGUCAGUAGGGGCAGUAGGAUGUGUACCUGGUUUAGCCAAUGUGAUGCCUCGUUCUUGUGUGGAAUUACUACGAUUAUAUCAAAAUGGGGACUACAAGGCCGCAAAGGAACUACAAUUAAAGUUGGUACUUCCAGAUGAUGCUCUUGCAAGAUGGUUUGGUCUUCCUGGUGUCAAGGCUGGUUUGGAACAAUUUGCUGGUUAUGGUGGCCGUUGCCGUACCCCUUUACGCAGUGUCACCAAUGAACAAAAGGAAAAGAUCAUUCAAGCCGUCUCCCCUGCCUUUACUAUCGAACAAUCUUUGCGAAAAUAGGUUCUCACUGUAGUUUUAUAUUGUAUGAAUAAAAGCAACAUUUUGACAUGAUACGUGAAA